AGAGGACCAUGAAGCAAAGAUUGUUUAUUGUUAUAUCAUUUGUAUUUCUCGGAAUUUUGUGUAUUCACUUAAUUGUGGGUAGAAAAAAAAUCGUCACUGCUAACGAUGUACAACGACCAAUAGCUAUACCUGCUAGUAGAAGCAAUAGUAACGAGUUUUCAACCCAAAAUGAAACUAUGAAGACGGCGCAUUCAAAAACAACAACGGACCAUACUACAACACAAGUACAGACAACCAACACAAGUGAGCCAAACCCGAUUUGUAUUGCUAAACAGAAUAAUAUCGUUUUUUUAAAAGUUCAUAAAUGUGGAAGUUCAACCGUAGCAAAUAUAUUACAACGUUACACAUAUAAUAACGCAUUAAAUGCUCUCCUACCAGAUAAAGACCCAACAGAACAAAGCUACUGGGUUCUUAAUCGUCUGAAAGAGCAAUACAUGUCUCAGAUUAUACCCAUCCCAGAAGGAGAGUCAUAUAACACCAUGUUUGUUCACAGUGUUCAUGACCAUGAUAUUUUUAAACGACUGUUUCCGAACAAUUCGUAUUAUGUUGCCAUAUUAAGAGACCCAGUUGAACGUUUCAUUUCGUAUACCUUCUACUACCAAUUGGUGGCUAAAAUGAAAGAGGAUUAUCCCCAAUCAGAAGACAACCCUUACAUUUUCUCUAAAGCACUUUUAAAGAAGCCAUUUCCGUAUGGAGUAUUGGGUCCUAGUUACGAUUUAGGAUUUCUACCGCGGGGGAAAGUUAAUAAAACAGAAGUAGACAGGUUCAUUGACAACAUCGAUAAAGAUUAUGAUUUUGUUAUGAUUAUGGAAUAUUUUGACGAAUCUUUGGUUUAUCUCCGACACCAGUUGUGUUGGGAUAUUAAAGACAUCCUGUACAUCAAGAGAAAUGUGAACUUCGAGAAAAGGGGUUACGCUUUGUCACAGAAGGAUAGACAGAUGAUUAAAGCUAUACAACCCGUCGAUGUUCCCCUGUACGAUUAUUUUUAUAAACAAUUCUGGAAUAUAUUAAAGAGACAGCACGUUAGUUUUUUCGAGGAAGUUUAUAACUUUAAGAAGAUUUUAAGUGGUGUAGCUGAUUACUGUAAUUUUGGUAGGAAAUUAAAACCAGAGGUUUUGUUCGCUAAAACUCAAUGGCACGAUGCGUUCAGUGUUACUUCUGAAGACUGUAGCAAGAUGAAAUGGUCAGAAGGUCACGCGAUUACCAUACUGGCAAAGAAAGCAAGGGAGAAAUAUAAAAACUCUAAAAUGAAAAACUAAACGAGGAACUUGGUCUUUAUAAAGGUGGUGACUGUUUCACUGUGUAUCUGCGUGUAUUGCAGCCCCCCCCCCCCCCCCGCUGCAUUUAUUUUUAUAUACGUACAGGAAGUUAACAGUUCAUAUCUUAAAAUAAGAAAACAAAAUUCGGCGACAAUGUAUUAUUACUUCUUUGCAAGUCAGAAUUUUGUUUUGAAGGAUUGUUUAUCAAAUUCACAGGGGUAGUUUCUUGGGUCUAGUGAAACAAAGAUCGGUUUUUGUAAGAUUGCCUUUUAUGUGGACGUAUUUUGUAAUCCGGAGAUCGGUCGCUCGUCGUCAGUUUCGAGUAAUUUCUCUACUAGUUUUCCAGGUAUCGUUUUUGUUUUUAAAUUAGCAGGAAUUGUUGAUUGGGUUAUAAGAAAGACGCCACUGUUCGAUGAUUUAUUGUUACUACUCCACACGCCGGACUCUUGGGGGAUUUUUAUUUUCAAUAUUGCUGGGUUUGCUCACUGACAGGCUCCUAUCGCAAUUAAGAAUUUUUCGAUCGUGAUUGCAACGAGAAGGCUCAUUUUUUUGUGGCCCUGGUAAAUUUCGAAAACAUUUUGCGGGGUUGUCUUUCCGGUCAUAUUUUGACUUUUUAAACUUGUGAUCAGGUUACGGGAUAGCGUUCUCUAUGUUUUGUUUUUAAAACUUGGUGGAUUUGUUAACUUGCAGCUAAAGGAACCUUCUCGAAAUUCAUGAUGUAUUUUUUAUAGUUAAAUUUACGAAAUCCUUUGAAUACUUGGUGAAUCUGUUCAUAAUGGCAUAGGAAAAAUGCUAUCAAAGUUCAAUAUUCGAAUCGUAAAUAUGGAACGCGUUUUCCGUAGUUAUUAUUUCAUUCACAUUUUGACUGUUAAAGUCAGUGAACUCGAAGAGACAGUUCUCAAUGUGAUUUGAUAAAACCUAGUGGGGCACGAGGAACACGGUCGAGUAUUUUGAUGAUAUGGGUUAUCCCCCUUUUACUAUUCACGGAAUAUUUUGAACGAGAUGUGAUUCCCAGAAUUUUGUAAAACUGGGGGAGACGACUCGGUGUGGCAUUAUAAAGAACCCGACACAAUUCUAAAAUUUUAAACGCGUUCUAGCGUUCCCAUUAUGACUGUUAGAGCUUGUGAACGCAAUAAAAUAAAGUUCUCAGUGAUUGGGUGAUUUCCAUCAUGUUCGAAGCGACUAAAAGAAAAAGAUUAAUCAUUCGCUACGAUGUGUGAGUUUAAAUUUUGAAUUAAUAAAGGCAACUAACUAGGAAUUUAAAAAGAACAUGAUUGGGGGUUAAUCUAAUAUAAAACAUAGAAAUGAUUAUCUAAUAAAUAAUAGAAUUUUUUUUCUCAGCUGGGCUUUUAUCAUGUGUUAUUUUAAAAUAGACUUCAAUAUAUC